AUGGAAGAAGGCAAUUUACUAUCUUCUUCAUCAGUCCAAUCGUUUGAUGAAUCAUUUACUAACCGACCCGAUAGCCCAAGUGAUAAAAAUGAAAUCGAAACUUCUGAAAGGUUAGAGAAAGUAGUUGAAGUUAUAAAAGAAAAAUCUAAUAAUGAAGUUACUUGUAAUGUAUUAAAUGAUUCUAGUAUAAAAUGUAAUACACAAUUAAAAAUUAAGUUACUGGAAGCUACUAGACAUAACUGGAACUUCCAUUCUAGUAGUGAAAAAUCUUCACUGGAAUGGUCCAGUGAUAUUCAACCACUGGAAGCCCAAUUUCAUCCAGUUAAGUCCAGUAACCUUCCAGCUCCAGUAAUUCUCACCGGAAUGUUCCAGUGA